AUGCCGCUGCCGGGAGAGGAACAGCCACGGGGCCCAGCCAUGUCCUGCUGUGACAUCCGUGUGUCCAUGAAAACGUUGGAGCUGCCCGUGCCAGGGCGAGUUGCUGACCCUCUGACCCAACUUCUCCUCAGGUUCCACCGCGGGGACUACACGGUGGAGGUGAGCAUCAACGACUACCUGGACAUCUACUGCCCACACUACGAGGAGCCGCUGCCGGAGCGGAUGGAGAGGUACAUCCUCUACAUGGUCAACUACGAGGGCCACGCGUCCUGCGACCACCGGCAGCGCGGCUUCAAGCGCUGGGAGUGCAACCGCCCCGACUCCCCCAACGGGCCCCUCAAGUUCUCCGAGAAGUUCCAGCUCUUCACGCCCUUCUCGCUGGGCUUUGAGUUCCGACCCGGCCACGAGUACUACUACAUCUCCGCGUCCCCCCCGAACACGGUGGACAGGCCCUGCCUGAAGCUGAAGGUUUAUGUUCGGCCAACAAGUAAGUGAGAGCUUUGGGGGGUCCCUGGGGGGGUCCCCAGGUCCUGCCAGGCUUGGGGACAAGUGGUGGCCUUUGGGUCCCACCCCGAUGGUGACAGGGAUGGGGACAGGGCCCCUCAGCGCUGUCCAGACAGAGAGAUAGGGAUUUUAAAAAAAAACCCAGAAUAAAAAUAAUCGUCCCUGCUCUGUGGCUACUUUUCCGACUCGCAUAAAUCAGCCAUUUAAAAAAACAAAUUAAUAAUUUUCUUCUGCUGUUAACGUGUAAUUAGCAAAUGGCAGCGGCUCUCCCCGGGGACAGCGGAAUGUCACCGGGUAACCGAUGGCUCUCGCCUCCCUUCCUUUGGUGGCUUUCAAAUAAAACCCGGCAUCUGUAAAAACUCAUCACGUUCCGUUCGGGG